AUGGUAACCCUUUCGCUUCUGCAUAAUUCAAACCUCGUUUUUCUCUUCAACCCUUCACACCAAAACCCUAUUCUCUCCCACCAAAACCCCAUCUCUUCAAUCUCUCUCAAAACUUCACCACCCCGCUGUUCAAAUUCCGCCAUUGUUCCCGCUCCUUCUCCGCCACCUCCAGUUCGCAUCAGAGGCCGCCCUAAAAUCGAAGCACGGCUUGCUCUACGUGAUUACCUUCAGUACACUCAAUGUUACACUUUCAUAGACGCGGAUUUUAUCUCUAAAAACUCUCCGCAUUUCGUCAAUUGGCUUAUAUGCAGAGUCAGAGACAACAACAGAGACGAUGAUUUUGAUUUUCCUCGGGCUCUCAGAAGGUAUCUUAUGUAUCACCCUAUUAAUGAAUUUGAACCUUUUCUAGAGAGUAUAGGGAUUAAACAAAGGGAAUUGAAGUUACUUUUGCCUAAAGACUUGUUUUUUCUUCGUGAUGAUAGUGUUUUGGUUGAGAAUUUUCAUGUUUUGUUUAAUCACGGGGUUCCGAGGAAUAUGAUGGGGAAGAUUUAUAGAGAAGCAAGAGAGGUUUUUGGAUAUGCGAGUGGUGUUUUGUCGAAGAAAUUUGAGAGUUAUGAGAAUUUGGGGUUGAGUAAAUCAUCACUUGUGAAGCUGUUUGUUUGUUGUCCAUUGCUUUUGGUUGGUGAUGAGGUUGAUUCUCGGUUUGUUGUUGUUCUUGAUUGGUUGAAGAAAAUUGGGAUUGACAGUGGAUGGUUUGUGACUUGUAUGUGUUCUACGAGAAGAUAUAGAUUCAAUUGGAAAGCGAUUAGUGAUAGUAUAGAGUUUUUUCAUCAAGGGGGAUAUUCGGAGAAAGAAUUGUAUGAUUUGUUUAAGGCGGAUCCGAAAUUGUUGUUGGAGGGUUUAGGAAAGAAGGCAUAUUUGGUUGUAGGUGGGUUGAUUAAGUUGGGUUUUGACGUGAAUGAGAUUUGUUGUUUUUUUAGAGAGCAUCCUGAUAUAUUGUCAAGUCUGCGUAUGGAAAAUUUGAUAUUGGUGAUUGCUUUUUUGCAUAAUAUUCGAAUGGAACAAGAUGCUAUUGCUGAUGUUUUGUAUAACUACAUGCACGACCUUAGCAAACAUUCAAUAAAAAGUUAUAGAACUGUCCGUAAAGAGUUGGGAGUUGGAGAAGCUAAUUUAUGUGAAAUGAUAAAGGAUGAUCCGUUAGAGUUUUUUAGUUUGGUUUUAACACCGAAGCAGAAGAAGGAUAUAAAUGACUUCUACAUUGACCCACUUAGGUAUUUGGAGAAAACAAGUUUCUUGCGGAAACUUGGGUAUACCGAUAACUCUGAGGAGAUGGAAAUAGCUAUGAAGAUGUUUGAUGGGAGAGGUGAUAAGUUACUAGAGAGAUUUGAUUGCUUGGUUGAAGCUGGUUUGGAAUAUAAUGCUGUAGUUGGAAUGGUAAGGCGAGUUCCUAAGAUUCUAAGCCCUAGGAAAACUGUAUUGCAAAAGAAGAUUGAUUUCUUAAGGAACACUUUAGGUUACCCUAUAGAAUCUCUUGUGGGAUUUCCAACGUAUCUUAUCCAUAGUUUGGACAAAAUUUUCAUAAGAUUUGCAAUGUAUGAGUGGUUGAAGAAGAGGAAUGUAAUAGAUCGCGAGUUAUGCUUGAGUACCAUAGUUUCAGCUUCUGAGGUAUGUUUUCUAAAACUCUAUGUGAAUGCACAUCCUGAAGGUCCAACGGCUUGGCAAACUAUAAAAAGUUUAUCUAACAAAUAUUACGAUUAA